CACGUAUUCAAAAAUUCUAAGUUUGCUUCCCAACUCCUGACGUUCGUGGAGUCCAGUGAGUGGUUGCGAUAUCCGAUUUUGGUGUUCCUCAACCGUCAAGUGUUCCUGAGUCUGAGCCUGAGAGGGAUGCCUUGCCUGGGCGGCGUCAGGGAGAGCAGUAGCGAAGACAUUCGGCACAGGGAGCCGGUGGUGCUCAACAUCUACGAUCUGUCCACCAGCAACGACUACACUUUUCCGCUGGGCGUGGGUGUCUUCCACUCCGGCGUCCAGAUGUACGGACGGGAGUACGCAUUUUUGGCGAUCAACCUCUCGAUAUCCGGCAUCUUUGAGAUUCGUCCGCGCAAUGGGCAGGAGGAGCUGGGCGAGCACUUCCGGUUCCGGAAGAGCAUUCUGCUGGGCUACACCGACUUCACCUGCGCCGAAGUGAAGCGCGUCAUCUACCUGCUGGGGCUCGAGUUCCGCGGCACCAGCUACCACUUGACCAGCAAGAACUGCAACCACUUCUCCAACUGCCUGGCGCUCCUCGUCUGCGGACGCAAAAUUCCGCGUUGGGUGAAUCGCCUGGCCUACCUUAUUACCUGUGUCCCGUUCCUCGAGCGCUUCGUGGUCGCCAGGCCAACACAUUACCCUCAGUUCAGUCGAUUUUAGCUCUAGUCAUAUAUAUCACCUUA